AUGAAUAAAAUCAAAGCCAUCUUGUUUGUUCUAUGUAUUGCAAAUGCAAGAUAAUAUACAUUAUACAAAUAAUGUGAUUCUGCUUUGGCUAAUGAUUAAGUGCAAAUACAAUAUGCAGAGCAGAAUGGUUAAUUUCAUCUAUCGCCAUGA